AUGGAGGCUCAGAUCGAGAAUGCGGUCGAAAUCGCGUGGAGCCCCACUUCGGACCAGGCUCUGAAGGGACAGGCUUUCGAAUUUCUUAACCAGCUGCGAACUGACCCCCAGGGCUGGCAAGCCAGCGCCAACCUCUUUGCCCGAACGCCCCGGACCUCCGAGGUCGUGCGCAUGGUCUGCUUGGAAAUUGUCAACAAUGCGGUGCAUACCCAGGGGCUCGACAGCGCCAGCCUCUCGUUCCUCAAGCAGAUCCUCCUCGAAUACGUUCGCCAGGUCUACGGCCAGGAUCGUCAGGACCAGGUCGACCCACCCUCUCUGCAGAACAAGCUUGCUCAGACUCUGACGUAUCUCUUUGUUUUUCUCUAUGCCGACGGCUGGGAAAGCUUCAUCGACGACUUCCUGGCGCUCACCUACUCGCCCAACAGCUCUCAGCAGGACAAUAUCUCCGGCACUGUCCUCUACCUCCGAAUCCUGGGCAACGACGCCAAGCGAAACACCGAUCUCAAGGACCAGCUCAGGGACCGUCACGUCCAGAAGAUUGCUCAGUCGUGGAAGGAUCUUCUUGUGCGCCACGCUGGUCAGAAUGACCAGAUUACCGAGACUAUCAUGAGGGUUAUUGGCAAGUGGGUUAGCUGGAUGGACAUUGGUCUUGUCGUGAACCAGGAAAUGCUCAACCUUAUCCUCCCCGUUGUAGGAAGGAGUAACCCCGGCGGCACCGAGGACAAGGUCCGCGACGCAGCCAUUGAUGCUUUGACUGAAAUUGUGGCGAAGAGAAUGAAGGGUCCCGAGAAGAUGGAGCUCCUUUCGUUCCUUAGCCUGCGGGACAUUGUCGGCCAACUUGUCGCCAGCGCACCCUUGAACGAACUGAAAUCGACCCCCCAAUACGAUACUGAUCUCGCUGAGGCUAUCGCCAAAUUGGUCAACACGGUCAUGACUGAUGUUGUCAGGGUUCUUGAAGACGGACAGGUCGAUAGCCAGACCCGCAGCCGUGGCGAGCAACAUCUUCACGAUUUCCUUCCCUUCCUGCUCCGCUUCUUCUCGGACGAAUACGACGAGAUCUGCUCCACUGUCAUCCCCUCGCUCACGGACCUUCUCACGCUUCUGCGCAAGGCCGGCACACUGCCGCAGAACUACUCUGAAAUGUUGCCGCCCAUUCUCAAUGCCAUUAUCCGGAAGAUGCGCUAUGAUGAAACCUCCAACUGGGGUGCUGAAGAUGAGCAGACGGAUGAGGCCGAGUUUCAAGAGCUUCGUAAGCGACUGCAAGUCCUGCAAAAGACUGUCGCCGCUGUUGACCAGAACCUCUACAUUGAUGUGCUGAGCAAUCUUGUGGCUGAGACGUUCCAGACCCUUGACCAGCGAGGCGAGCAGAUGGACUGGAGGGAUCUCGACCUGGCUCUGCACGAGAUGUAUCUCUUUGGCGAGCUUGCCUUGCCGAACCAGGGGUUGAGCUCGAAGAACCAACCUUCCGGAGCCGCAGCUGAGAGGUUAACCAUCAUGAUGAAGAAGAUGGUUGAGUCGGGCAUUGCUAGUUUCUCUCAUCCUGCCAUUGUGCUACAGUAUAUGGAGAUCUGCGUACGAUACUGGCAGAUCUUCGAUGCUCAUCAGGAGUACAUCCCACGCGUGUUGGAGAACUUUGUUCAAUUAGUUCACCACAGCCACGUCCGCAUCAAAACACGAUCGUGGUAUCUAUUCCACCGCUUUGUCAAGUUCCUCCGAGCGCAGGUCGGCAAUGUGGCCGAAACGAUUAUUCAGUCCAUCGGCGAUCUGCUCCCCAUCAAGGCCGAAGUGACGGAAAAUGACGCUGACGAUGACAUGUCGUCCGACGAGUCGGAUCACUCGGCCGAUGCUCUCUUUACGAGCCAGCUCUACCUGUUCGAGGCCAUCGGAUGCAUUUCUUCGACGGCAGCCACUCCAGCAGACAAGCAGGCGCUGUAUGCUCGCCUGGUGAUGGAUCCCUUGUUCACCGACAUUGAGAACCACCUGCCCAAGGCCAAGUCUGGAGACGCCCAAGCCCUUCUUCAGAUUCAUCACGUCAUCAUGGCCCUUGGUACUCUAGCCCACGGCUUCUCUGACUGGGUCCCCGGUAGUACCGCGGCUCACCCUCGCCCGCCUCCCGACAAGCUUGUGUCUGCCGAGUUUUCUCGUGCGGCUGAAGCCAUCUUGAUUGCGCUUCGGGAGCUCAACAGCUCUGCCGAGAUCCGCACUGCGUGCCGUUCCUCUUUCUCCAAGCUUCUAGGAGUUCUGGGCGCUGCUGUGCUGCCUCAGCUCCCCCAGUGGAUUGAAGGGUUUCUCGGUCAGAGCUCUUCCAAAGACGAGAUGGCCAUGUUUCUGCGCCUUCUUGACCAGGUCGUGUUCGGUUUCAAGACGGAGAUUUAUGACGUACUGAACAUGCUGCUGACCCCGCUGCUGCAGCGAAUCUUCACUGGCCUCUCAGAACCCAUCAAUGGCACCGAUGACGAGAUUCAACUCGGAGAACUGCGCAGGGAAUAUCUGUCAUUCCUCCAAAUCAUCAUGAACAACAACCUCGAGUCUGUGUUUAUCAGCGAGACGAAUCAAGCUUUCUUCGAAUCUAUGAUCACAUCCGUCAUCUCCCUCGGCCGGACCAUCGAGGGCAACCUGGGUCCGAGCCGCCUGGCCAUUGGCGUGCUGACGCGCAUGGUCGGCGUCUGGGGUGGUCCUGACAUCGCCACAAUCUCGGCCAAUCCCACAGCGCCGACAGGCUCGCCGAACCCGACUAUCCCCGGCUUUGACCGCUUCAUGAUCGAGCGCUUCCACCCGCUCUGCUGGGAGAUACUCCGCGACCCGCAAUUCAAACCCGUGACGGACGCACAGAGCAAACAGGUCCUCACGGAGAUUGCAGCACUGGAGCAGGUCAUCUAUACAAAGACUGGGGACAUGUUUAUCCAAAACCUGCAGUCUUCGUUGUUCCCCCACCUGGGUAUCGAUGGAUCGGAGUUCUUGAGGGCCAUGACGACGUCGACGGAGAAGAAGACGUUCGCCAACUACCUGCUGGCGUUAUGGAAGAGUUGGAGGUGA